AUGUUUUUCCAACCGAAACCAGCUAAAGAUAAAAUCACUUUCACGAAUAAAGAAGGUAAAAAGGAAACUGGUAACAAAAUCAGGUUCAGAAAUGUUUUCUGUCACGACGUUUUAACAUCGGUUGAUAUUCAAGAAAUAGUGAAAGCCGGUGGACGAAUUAUUAGAAUAUUAGAUGGUAUAGUAUACGAAGAAAAUUUUAAAACUCCACCCUAUAGAGAUUAUAUUUUAAUUUUGAGAGAUCUAAGAAAUAAAUAUAAACGAGAAGGUAAUAUCGUGAGUAGUAAUUGCAUGGAAUUAUUAGGUAAUUCCUUGUAUGGUAAAUCAAUUCAGAAAGAUAUAUUCACAACUAGACAUUUAUGGAAUGAAGCAACUUUACAGGCCAACUUUGAUUCACGUGUUAAAACCUAUGAGAAAAUUAAUGAUACUCAAUAUAUUGUUGAAACAGAAAUUGAAGAAAAAGAGAUUACUACCGAAGAUAGUAAAUCUACACGACUAACACCUAGUCAUUUGGGAUGA